AUGGUACACCUUGACUCUCCCGGCCCGGAUACUGGCAUCUUCACCACGGAAGAAGUGCGACCGCGAUCGAAGCCUUGCAAGUCGACGUCACGGAUCGUUUCUUUACCGCGCAACCACUACAAGGAGCCGCCGAACCUCGCGGCAGGAUUCCGAUCACUCGACCUGUCCUGUGAAGCACCAGUCAGAGCGAACCUGGUCGCAGACAAAAUUACAACAGACUCGUUCCGUAUAACGCUGGAAACCUGGGGCGAGAAAUCGCUACUCUACUCGGCAAGCGCGACAUGGAUUGAGCACAAAGCCUACGCUAAAGACUGCCUGUUUGGCCAAUUCGACACGCACGAUCUACCAGCGAACAGCGAAGCAAACAAGAGNGGGGCACAACGAGAGAACUCGCAGGACUUUGUCUUUCCUCAGGCUUUCAAGGACGACUGCGAGGUCGUCUGUUGGUUGAAUCGGCUCGAUAUGGCGAGUGGUGACAGGAACUAUCGCAUAAGGGCUUACGCGACCAAUAUCAGCCGCACAGGCUUCACGGCGCAUAUCGACACCUGGGGAGAUAGUCUAUUGUACGGGGGAGCCAUGUGCUGGAUCGCUUUUCCAAGGCGCAAACGCUACGUCCAAGCAGGCAGCUUCCAGACAGGGGACGUCAGAAGCUGGAGCAAUCCAAUUCCUGAGACGAGUUCGCAGGUCAAGUUUAACGGGGGUGUGUUCAAGUCGCAUAGACCUGCCCCUACGGUCCUUUGCGCCAUCAACAUGAUUGAUAUGGCCGGCAAUGCAGAUUUACGAGUCUCUGUUGACGUAAAUGAUGUCGAUACACAAGGGUUCCGUUGGUCGUUGAAGACGUUUGAGGACAGUACACUGUACUCUGCUGGUGCGAGCUGGAUAGCUCUCGGUUUCGCAUGA